CGUUGAUCGAGCGCCGUCGCCGUCAUGGUCGCGAGCUGACCAAAACACAUUCGCAAAGGAUUUUGUAUCUUUUCCAAGCUACUUUACCUAGUAUUUGUAUGUGAAGGCCUACUAGUGAGUUGAUUUCAAUUUUUGCGGCGUUUAUGACCGAACUACGCCCGAAUGAACUAGGACAUCUCGCUAAUAUCACUAAGCCUAUCUUCUAGGUUUGAAACUCGGUGACAUUGUAACCUUUCUGUAAAGUGAGAUACCGAUCAUGGAUGGCCUCAGUCCGGUAUCUCACCUUUCUUCAGUUUCCCCUUCUUGCGCCCUAGCUCUCAGAGAUGGCAGCUUCUGAGCCCGGUAGCCAACAACAAGAUGACGCAUUGUCUGGAUUCCGCGACCAGUUCAUAUUGCCAACGUACCGCUCCAUGAAAGCGUCGAAGGUCCCGGAAAAUGACCAGGAUUCGCCGUGCACCUAUUUGUGCGGAAAUUCAUUAGGCUUAUUACCCAAGCGGUCCAAGCAACUAGUGGAGGAAGAGCUCGCGGUAUGGGGUACGAGAGCCGUGGAGGGACAUUUUGAUCAUCCUUAUGAUCGCCCAUGGAUGAACAUCGCUGAUCCCAUUCAUCCCUUAUUCGCGGAGUUAGUUGGAGCGAAAGAGGAAGAAGUGGCUUGCAUGGGUAGCUUGACUGCGAACUUACAUCUCAUGAUGAAUACUUUCUAUAAGCCGACAUCAGAGCGAUACAAGAUUCUGUGCGAAGCAAGGGCGUUUCCGUCUGAUCAGUAUGCAUUUGCAUCACAAGUACAAGCACAUGGAUUUUCGCCGGAUGCAGUCAUCGAGCUGUCUCCGCGUUCCGGCGAGUUCACGCUUCAUGAAGAGGACAUCCUCACAACGAUUGCAGAGCACGGAAAGAGUAUUGCACUUGUGAUCUUUAGUGGCGUCCAGUAUUACACAGGCCAAUGGUUCCCAAUGGAAUCCAUCACACGAGCCGCGCAAGCACAGGGAUGCAUAUGUGGAUGGGAUCUCGCCCAUGCCGCAGGCAAUGUACCAUUGUCCCUCCACGAAUGGGGCGUCGACUUUGCGGUCUGGUGCACAUACAAGUACCUAAACUCAGGUCCGGGGGGUAUUGGCGGACUAUUCGUACACGAGAAAUGGGCGGCAGAACCAGUACGAAAUGCAGGUUGGUGGGGCCAUGAUCCGACUACUCGCUUCACCAUGCCUCCGAAGUUCAAGGCUAUUCCGGGUGCGCAAGGAUUCCAGCAAUCAAAUCCAUCGGUUCUAGCCACCGUUUCCCUACUUGGUUCUCUUGAAGUAUUCCACGCAGCCGGCGGCAUGCAUCCUCUCCGAGAGAGGUCGCUGAAACUUACGGGUCAUCUUGAAUCCUUAUUGCACAAGAGCCGAUGGUGGGUCCCGCCUGCUACGGCAGCUGCACGAAUGGAGCGUGAUGAUGAUCCUGACAGCUCUAUUGGCUUUACGAUCAUUACACCAACUGAUCCGUCGUCACGCGGAUCCCAGCUUUCAUUAGUAUUCCUUCCUGCGAAUGGUCGGACGAUGCCCGCAGUUAUGGCAGAACUGGCUGCUCGUGGCGUCAUCGGUGAUUCCAGAAAGCCAGAUGUCAUCCGACUGGCUCCUGCUGCGUUAUAUAACACAUGGGAAGACGUAGAGCGAGCUGUAGAAGUAUUGGAAGAAGUGAUGUUAGAGCUUAAUCGCAACGCUUGAGGCUUAAUGUACGACAUUGUACCUCUUGUACCUUCAAACUUGUAUACAGGAUUUUGUAUUCAUACUUGACAGAUCUAAACCUUAGGCUCCUGGAAGGCUGCUUAUACUUUAAUGCGUAUACGGGUCCAAGUAACCGAAUUGAAUGAU